CAUCUUUCUCCCAGCAACAGCAAAUCUCAGCCAUCCAAUCACAAAAGAAGGAAUGGGUGGCUGGGCUAUAGUGGUACACGGCGGCGCCGGCGUCGACCCGAGAUUGCCGGAGGAACGUCAGGCGGCGGCGAAGCGUAUUUUGGCUCGGUGCCUUGAGAUAGGCGCUGCGGCGCUGAGCGCCGGAGCAGCGGCCGUCGACGUGGUUGAAAUGGUGGUGAGGGAAUUGGAGACGGACCCGUUCUUCAAUUCGGGCCGCGGGUCGGCCCUGACUGCCCGAGGGACGGUGGAAAUGGAGGCGAGUAUAAUGGACGGUCGUGAUCGACGAUGCGGGGCCGUGUCGGGAAUCACGACCGUUAAAAAUCCCAUUACGCUCGCUCGCCGGGUUAUGGACUUCUCACCGCACUCUUGCCAGGCCAUUCAUGGCGCCGAGGAGUGUGCCGUCGAGCAGGGCGUGGAAUUAUUGGAAAACGACUACUUCAUAACCGACCAAAACCUGGCCAUGCUUAAACUCGCCAAAGAAGCAAAUGCAAUCUUGGUGGCGGCGGUUAUGGAAUAUAAAGGCUUGGGUUUGCAGGCGGCGAUUGAUUACGUGAUUAAGGAGAGAUUAGAUGGGGGUAAAGCUGGGAUUAUAGCUGUGGGUAAAGAUGGGGAGGUGGGUUACGGCUUUAAUUCUAAUGGAAUGUUUAGGGGAUGUGCUACUGAGGAUGGGUUUAUGGAAGUGGGGAUUUGGGAGUGAUUUGAUUAAGUAAUUAAUGAGUUUGUUAAUUACUUUUAUGGCGGUGAGAAUUGGUGGAAUAAGUUGUUAAUGACUUGUGUUAAUUACUAAAAAUCUCAAUGCGUUAAUCAAUAAAAUGGCUCUUCUGUUUGUUUA